AUGCAGCUUACAAAUUUGGUCGGCCUCUGCGUCGUUGCCCUGGCUGGCUCUGCCACCGCUAUGCCCCAUCUGUCUGGCCCAUACCACGGCAAUCGCAUCGCGGUCCACGUUCCCACCAACUCGACUGGUGCUCACAAUGCUACCACCACUGGCACCCUUGGCAGGACACCCUUGACUACUGGUCUGGCGAAGUCCAAGAAUGGUACCACUACCGACAGCCGUUACCUUGUUCACUCCAAGAGCACCAAGCACACCAAAGGAACCAAGGAUGUCCCUAAAGUGAAGCAUGUGCCCAACCAUAUCAAGCACAUCAACCACUGCAAUGAGUUGUGCUCCUUGCAGUCUCAAACAUGCAACAUUGCCAUGCCCGACGAUGACAAGUACUGUUGGCAAGAAUACCUGCACUGCAAGGCUAAUUGCGUACCGAGCGACUUCGAGUGA